UACUUUGAAAAAAAUAUAUACUUCCGGAAAAGGAAAGAAACGCACGUGUGGGAACAUUUUACAGUUGAUAGCUAACUAUUAUUGUAAUACACUUCAGACAACGUAUUUGAUAUCGACUUAAACAAGCGCUCCAUCUUUAAAAUAAGUAUUUUACGAUGGCUCCGCCAAGGAGUAAGAAGAGGAAGCCGAGCUUUCGCAGGCUACUGAAGACGAGCAAUGUGAAGCUUGACAACAAGCUAAAGAAUCGUCAGUUCAAGAAAGAGAGCACCGACAAGAAACACCGCAAGGAGCAGAAGAAGCUCCGGGCAGCUAUCAAAGAUGCUGUCUUGAAGACCCCCCUCCCCCUGGAGCGCUACAAGAAGAGGCCAGAGGAUGAAGAGGAGGAGGAGUUUGUGGAGUCCCUGCCAAUGGACAUGAUGGAGGAAGAUGACCUGGAGCAGAUCAAGGCAAUGGCUCAGAAAGCCUCCUUCCUUACCAGAGACCUGUCGUCAAGUGGUCCAGUGCAUGCCAAAAAGCGCAAGGGGGAGCAGCAGGGGCCAGAGAGUUAUGAGAAGAUGCCCAGAAAGAUGCAGCUAACAGAGGAAAAGGAGGUCAUUCACCUCCUGCCAAUCAAAGACAAGAUUAGAGGCCUCAUCCCUCAGAGCAUGGAGAAACCUGUUGUAGAAAAAAAGGCUGAGGAGGAGGAAGGAGAUGCCCCGACUGGCAUGGAGCAAUUUGAAAACGAGGAUGAGGCUAUGCCCGGGCCGGCCCUGACCCCUCAGGAGCAGCUGACGCUCCGCACACAGAAGCUGACCAACAGGAAACUACGAAUCGCUAGUCUGGGAUCAGACAUCCUCUCAGACCCCACCACCAACAUCAAGAAGCUGAAAGAGCUGCGAGCCAUGCUGAUGGAGACCGACCCCUAUGUGGCCGUUACGGUCAGAAAGCUGGUCAUGGUCUCUCUGAUGGAGGUCUUCAAGGACAUCGUCCCCUCCUACAGAAUCAGACCCCUGACAGAGACUGAGAAAGCCUCAAAGGUGAAGAAAGAGACCCAGCAACUGAGGGAGUUUGAGGAGGGCUUGGUGAGCCAGUACAAGUUCUACCUGGAGAACCUGGAGCAAACGGUCAAAGACUGGAAGCAGAAGAAGAGAAAGAGGAGCGAGGCUGUGUCACUGCAGUCUUAUAGGGGCCUGGCUGAGGUGGCCAUCCGCUGUAUCUGUGAGCUGCUGGUGGCCCUGCCACACUUCAACUUCCACAACAACAUCAUCGUCACGGUGGUGCCCCUGAUGAACGACCCUGUCAAGAGGGUGUCUGACAUGUGCUGUGAAGCAGUCAAGAAGCUACUGAAGCAGGACAAACAGGGCCAUGCCUCACUUGGGACAGUCAAAGUUAUCUCCGGACUGGUUAAAAGCAGAAAUUAUGACGUCAGACCAGAGCUACUCAAGGUUCUCCUCUGCCUGAGGAUAAAAGAGGUGGAGGUGAAGAAAGAUACAGAUGACACAGCUCCCAAAAAGAAGUUCAUGAACUAUAAAGACAAAAAGAAGAAUCUGUCCAGGAUGCAAAGGAAGUGGAAGAAGGCUGAAGAGAAACUAGAGAAAGAGCUGCUAGAGGCUGAGGCAUCAGAGAGCAAAGACAAGAAGCUCAAACUGCACACAGAGACCUUGAACAUAGUGUUCUUGAUAUACUUCAGAAUACUGAAGAAAGCUCAGAAGUCUAUCCUGCUUCCCUCCGUUUUAGAAGGUCUAGCAAAGUUUGCCCAUCUAAUCAACCUGGAGUUCUUUGAUGACUUGUUGAACGUUCUUCAACAUCUUAUCCAAUCAGGAGAUCUGACCUAUCGGGAAAGCCUUCACUGCAUUCAGACAGCUUUCAACAUUCUCUCUGGUCAAGGUGAUGUCCUCAAUAUUGACCCACUGAAUUUCUACAGCCACCUGUACAAGACGCUGCUCAAACUCAAUGCUGGUGCAUCUAAUGAUGACAUCAGCAUCGUGCUGCGUUGUCUCGACGUGAUGCUGACCAAGCGCAGGAAACAGGUGACCCUGCAGCGUGCCCUGGCCUUCGUCAAGAGACUGAGCACGCUCAGUCUGCACACACUGCCCAACGCUACCGUGGGAAUCCUGGCAUCCAACAGGACGUUGAUGCAUACCUUCCCCAAGUGUGACAUCCUCCUGGACAAUGAGGCUCAGGGUAGUGGGGUGUUCCUUCCUGAGCUGGAUGAGCCAGAGUACUGCAACCCUCAGAACACUGCCCUGUGGGAGCUACACACACUCAAGAGACAUUACCACCCAGUGGUCAGGAGGUUUGCCACUCACCUCUGUGCAGGGGCUCCCAGUGAAGGAUCUGGAGCGCUAAUCGUUCAACUUGCAAGAAGGCACCCAGUGGAGCUGUUUGAGGACUACAGAGCUAAAGACAUGACCUUCAAUCCUCCAGUGGUAGCGCCUUCCACAAAGAAGAAGGAUUAUUUCACGAUAGGCCUUGCCCUGCUGGAUGAUAAAUUAAAGCAGCAGAUUGAUCGUGUUCUCUCAGCGGAGGAAGAGGAUCCUAUGUCGCUGGAUUUCUCUGCAGUUCUACCACAGACCAACAGCACAUAAUAAUUCAGACCCCACCGGAAAACACCCAAUUUCCUUUGUGCCCUGUAUCUUAGUUCUAAAUGGACUGCAAAAUAACAACCGUAUGCUGGCAACAUUGCUUUUUGAUUGCUCUCUUUGCUCUUUGACUAGAAUGGAUACAAUUAAGUGUUGAGUUAAACCACCUGCCUCAUUGAUUACUCAUAUCCCUGACCUACAGGACCUUCAGAAAGUAGUCACACCCCUUGACUUUUUCCACAUUGUUACAACCUGAAUUUAAAAUGGAUUAAAUUGAGAUUGUCACUGGCCUACACACAAUACCCCAUAAUGUCAGUGGAAUUGUGUUUUUAGAAAUGUAUAGAAGCUUAAAUCAAGUAUUCAACCCCUUUGUUAUGGCAAGCCUAAUUAUGUUCAGGAUUAAAAAUGUGCAUAAGUUGCAUGGACUCACUCUAUAUCAUUAUUGUUUUUAAUGACAACCUCUCUCUAUCUGUAAGGUCCCUCAGUUUAGCAGUGAAUUUCAGACCAAGGAGGUUCUCCAAUGCCUUGCAAAGAAGGGCACGAAUUGGUAGAUGGGUAAGAAUCCAUUUUUAAAAAGCUGACAUUUAGUAUCCCUUUGAGCAUGAAGUUAUUUACUCUGGAUGGUGUAUCAAUACACAUACGCACUACAAAGAUAUACACCUAUAUCUUUGUAGUGCGUAUUUGUGUAUUGAUACACCAUCCAGAGUAAAUAACUUCAUUCCUAACUCAGUUGCCGGAGAGGAAGGAAACCGCUCAGGGAUUUCACCAUGAGGCCAAUGGUGACUUCAAAACAGUUUAAUUGCUGUGAAAGGAGAAAACUGGAUGUGUCGACAACAUUGUAGUUAUACAAACCCAAACGAGUGAAAAGGAAGUCUAUACAGGGUAAAGAAUAUUCCAAAACUUUCAUCCUGUUCACAAUAAACUAAAGUACAACUGCGAAGAAUUACACUUUUUGUGCUGAAUACAAAGUGUUAUGUUGGGGGCAAAUCCAACAACACUUCAACACAAGGUCAAAUAUACACGAGUUGCUUACCAAGAUUACUAUUAAUGUUCCUGCGUGGCCUAGUUACAGUUUUGACUUAAAUUGUAUUAAAUCUAUGGCAAGAACUGAAAAUGGCUGUCUAGCAAUGAUCUACUUGACAGACCUUGGAAGCAUUUUACAAUUAUUUUGUACCAGGUGUGGAAAGCUCUGAGGCUUAGUUUUAAUCGUUGCCAAAUAUAAUUAUAUCGUGUUGAAUCAGGGGUGUGAAUACUUAAGCUAGAUAUCUGUAUUUCAUUUUCAAUAAAAAAAAGUUUUUGCUUGGUAUUAUGGGGUAUUAAAGUCUGUUGAAUUCAGGCUUUAACAACGUUUGGAAUAAGUCCAGGGGUAUGAAUACUUUCUGAAGGGUGUGUGUGUGACAAAAAUAUAAAACUUAAGUGUUGGUUCCAUGUUUCAUAAACUGAAAUAAAAGAUCCCAGAAAUGUUC